UCCCUUAUCUAUCAUGAUAUUUCUUUUAUUUUCAGCAUUCAGGAUGUUUUUCUGUUGUUUUUGCCUGUUAAUGUCAUUAUGGAAGAUAUCUGAGGCCGUUUUUAACUUUCAGUGUCCUGUUCAAUCCCACUGGAAACAUAGAGCAGAAGCGCGCUGUGGUCCUGUCGAUAGCUAUUUUUGCUUGUUUGAUCAAUAUCGGAAGGAUCAGAACUUUACUGAAUUUUGUAGGAGAAAAUUUGAUUUUGAAGCACCAGGGCAUAAACUUAUAGUUGCUGGGUCAUUUAACGGGACACUGCAAGGAGCUCAUUGUGAAAAUGAUUUCUAUCAACCUUUUAAAUUCCUGUCUUCUGGGAACAGUCGCUGCGUUUAUAAAAAAUCUUACUGCAAUGAGGAAGGACAAGUGGUUUAUAGCAAUGGAACUGAGAAAAAUGACAAACUGUGCCGCUGUGAUUAUACGAAAGGUUAUGAUUUUAUAAUCAGACCAAAAAAUCGAUGCUAUUGUGAACCAUCUGAAGAAGAUUGUUCCUGUUAUCCCAAGAUUUGUUCAGCUAAUCACAUUUUAUCACCAGAUCAUGAAUGUCUUAAUGAGAAUGAGUGGAAAACUAGUUUUAACUGCCAACCAAUUGAGACUGUCAUAUUGCCUGAAAAUUGCAAGAUUUCAUCAACAGUUAGACCAUUGUUUGGAACUUAUACAAUAGUGAACUAUGAGAUUGAAAAGUAUAGAAAGGGAGCGUGUGUUGCAGUUUUGUCGCUGACCUUGUCUAUAAUAAUCACUAUAUUGGGAUAUUGUUUUCUUGCAUCGGAGUAUUUUUCAUCAGAAUUAGUUCAAAUUCAAAUUAAAGAUAGAGGUGAACUUGACGAUAAAAUUGCUACUUAUAUGGCUAAAGAAAAAAAUGGCUUUGAAAGAAAAAUUGAUGCUAUGGAAUGUGACAAACAGAUUUUGAAAGACAAAUUCAGCAAGCUGGAAAAUGAUUUAUUAAAAGUUCCGUCGCACGUAAAAGAAUUUCAAAAUGAAAUCCUUCAAGACUGGGCAGGGAAACUUAAAAAGAUUAUUAAAACAAGAGCCACAGAGUUCAUAUACAUAAAUACCUGACGCAAAAAGUAAUUGUUAUAGCAGGACCCACUGGUGCAGGUAAAUCGGCAAUUGCUUAUUAUGCAGCAUUCAGAUUAAAGGAAGACAGCGGUUAUACAAUCAUUCCUGCCAGACAAUCAGUAGAUAUAACAAAUUAUCAUAUACCAGGCACAAAACAAAUUUUCAUUAUCGAUGAUUUUAUCGGAAAGUAUGCUGUUGAUGAAACAGAUGUAGUUUUAUGGGAAAAAAAUGGGCCAUUGCUCAAUAUGAUUUUUAGCAAUAACGAGAACACAAAACUUAUUCUUACAAGCAGAACAUAUAUAUGGCAACCAGAAUGUUAUACAUGCUUAAGUUUGAGUGCGUAUACGUGUGAUUUAUUAUCUGAUGAGAUAAGUCUAUUACUAACUGAGAGGUGGGGUAUAUGUCACUCUUAUUUAAACCCAGUUGAUAUAAAAACUUUAAAAGAAGAAACCAUUUUGAUGUAUAGUUUUUUUCCAUCUUUAUGCUCCUCAUAUACAUCAUUACAAAAUAUUCCAGUUGAAGAUUUCUUUACAGCUCCUUAUCCGAUAAUUGAGAAAGAAAUAGAUAAUUUCAAGACCAAAUCACAAGUAAGCUUCAUUGCAUUGGCUAUUCUUGCAAUCAAGCAGACGAUAUCAAAGAACUCAUUUUCUAUAGACAACCAUGAAUAUGAUGAUUUGUUUCAGGAUGUGUUUCAUGAAUCGGCUUUUCUUCAAUAUCCAUCAAAAAAUUCUCUGAAGUCUACAUUAGUUGCCCUCACUGGAACAUACGUAAGAGAAACUAAGGAUAAAUUCAUGCUUACCCAUGAAACUUUGCAAAAAAUCGUCCUUCGUUGCAUUGCAAAAACAUUAAUGAAAUCAGUAAUAAAGUAUUGUGAAACUGAAGUGAUAUUAAAUCAGUUUCGGUUAGAUUGUAUAUAUGAAAAACGAGAUGCAUUUAUUAUUGAGGUUACGGCAGAAAAUGAAGAUGCAUAUUUCAGACGGCUUGUUUAUGAAUUAGGUAAAGGGUGGAAUAAAUCUAUUUUCGAACAUGAGCAAAACAAAUUUUGCGAAUUCAGGCUUAAGUUUCUCAAAUACAUGAAAAAAUAUUUAACACGUGAUACUUGGGACAUAAUGCAAGAUGGGUUGACGCAUCUUCACAUUGUGUCUGAUCUAGGAUACGAGAAUUACGUUUCAUUUUUCCUAAAAGAUAAUGCAAUGAUUAAUCAAAAGGACAGUGAUGGCAACAUACCUUUACAUUUAGCAUGCAGGAAAGGACAUAACAAAAUUGUUAAAUAUCUUGUCGUGAAAAAAUCUAUCAUUGACAUGGCAAACAAAGAGGGAUCGAAGCCAUUUGUUUAUGCAUGUGAAAAUAAUGCUAUGCAAGUCGCCAAGUACUUGUUACAUCAUUCGGCUAAAUCGAUAAACGUAAAUGAAAAAUAUCAAACAAAGAAUAAUGGAACCGUUCUUCACAUAGUUAGUGCAAAAGGUUUUACAAAUCUUGUGCUUUUAUUGCUUGAAAAGAAAGCAGAUGUAGAUGCACUAGACCGAAGCGGGUGUACACCGUUACAUUACGCGAGCAACAGUGCUGUAGCUAAAUCGUUACUUGAUAUGAAUGCAAACAUCAAUGCAAUAGAUUCACUUGGUAGAAGUCCUGUGUAUUUAGCUUGUGGUACAAAAAACGAAAGGGUUCUUCAACUCCUGAUUGAGAAAAAUGCCGAGAUCAAUCAGAAAACAAUAAAUGGAUUGAGACCGAUACAUGCUGCUUGUCAAUCUGGAAGUAUUGGCAUAGUGAAAAUACUUUUAGAGAAAGGUACUACAGUUAACAGUUCGAAACCAAGCAUAGUACCAUUACAUGAGGCAUGCAAAAUUGGCAAUGAGAGUAUAACGAACAUCUUAAUUGCAGCCAAAGCGUCAGUUAACCACAAAACAAAGGAUGGUUUAACACCCCUUCAUCAAGCAUGCAUGAACGAGCGUGUUAUCGUUGCUAAAAUACUGUUGGAUAACAAAGCCAAUGUUAAUGAUGCAAAUAAAUAUGGCUGGACGGCACUUUUAUUUAGUUGUGCCAGGGGUUUUCAUACAGUAGUUGAUUUGUUACUGCAACAUGGAGCAAAUGUGAAUAUAUGUGAUGAAGAUAAAAUUAGCCCAUUGAUGGUUGCCUGUAAAGAGAAUAAAACGGGUGUGGUCGAUAUAUUGUUGCGUUCAAAGGCAAAUGUUAAUCACUGUGAUAAAGACAAUUGUUCAUCUCUUGCAUUUGCUUGUAAAACCGGAAAUGUAGAUUUGGUCGAAUUAUUGUUAACAUACGGAGCUGACAUAAAUUUAGCAGAUAAGAAUAUGAUAACUCCUCUUCAUACAGCAUGCAUGUUUCAUCAUUCAAAUGUAGUAUUGAUAUUGAUAGAACAUAAGGCGAAUGUAAACGCGCAAGACAAUCUCAGACAGACUCCGCUAUUUAAAUCAAGUAUUAAUGGAUAUAUUGACAUUUUAGAUAUUCUACUCGAACACGGAGCAUCUGUCGAUAUCUGUGAUAAUUUGGGAAAAUCUCCUCUCGCUAUUGCUGAAAUAAAAGGACAUAAAGCCAUAGUUGAUGAAAUAAAACAAUACAGACCAUUCAAUCAAAUAGUUUGAGAGUAACUUACAAUAUACUGAAAUUUCUAAUUUAGCAUAAUUUGUAAACAAGACUGGGAAGAAUGUCAGUUAUAUAACAGUUAAAACAACUAGUGUAUGCUUUGAUUGCAUUUUGUUUUCAAAAAUAGACUUCGACGAAGAAGAAACAACAUUUCCAUCAAAACUGUUGUGUUCAUUAUUUUAAUUUUUUAACAGGGAAAAGUAGAUUUUUUCGCGGAAACAAAUCCGUGGGUACUUUAAAAACAACAUGAAUAUAUAAAAUAUAGUGUAAGAAAUUAUUGCGAUGCAAAAGCUCUACAGUAUCAAGUUUGCAAAAACAAAAUUAAUAAAAUAAUUAGAUCUCCCUUUACAUUAUUAAUCAGUGAUUUGCAGUAUUAAAUGCAAGCACCAAUAUUUAAAUUUACUGUUAUAUAAAUAACACAUAGCUGAGAGGGUGAUAGAGCAGAUUGUUACCCCGAGAAAACAUUGUCAACUGAGGC